AUGGAACGUUCUGCAGGGCAAUCAAACGGAAGUGAAAAAAAGUGCAUCGGAUUGAUACAAUAUUCGAUAACAUUUAUCGAUCUACUUCAUAGCGCAAUACUGCAUAGAAUGUUUUUAUUGUUGAAUUCAGCUGUUCUCGUAACUGGAGCAACAGGAUACCUGGCGAUUAAUUGUGUACAACUAUUACUGAAUGACGGAUACAAUGUGCGAGGUACUGUCCGAGAUCUGAAUAACAAACACAAAAUUGAUCCAUUAUUGACUAUGAAUAAUUCACAAAAUCUUCAGCUGCUACGAGCUGAUCUUACUGAUGAGCACGCUUGGUGCGAUGCGAUAAAAGGCUGCGACUAUGUUCUGCAUAUUGCAAGUCCGUGCGAUACGAUAACAGAUUGCUCUGUGGUCGAUAUUGCAGUGAGUGGAACGUUGAAUGUGCUGAAUGCGAUCUACAAAUAUCACAACGAUAGCGUCAAGAAGAUCGUCGUCACCAGCUCAUGCUCCACUGUCAAUCUUGAGUUUUUCUUUACUUCCGUUUCAUUCAUUCCAUCAGUGCUUAUUGCUUAA